AUGAUUCAACCUCAGACCCUUUUGAAUGUAGCGGAUAACAGUGGAGCUCAAAAAUUAAUGUGUAUUCGAAUCAUAGGAACUGGUAAUCACCGAUAUGCUCAUCUUGGCAAUGUUAUUGUUGCUGUAAUCAAAGAAGCAGUGCCCAACAUGCCUCUAGAAAGAUCAGAAAUAAUUAGAGCUGUGAUUGUACGCACAUGUAAAGAACUCAAACGUGACAACGGCCUGAUAAUACGAUAUGAUGACAAUGCAGCGGUUAUCAUUGAUCAAGAAGGAAAUCCAAAAGGAACUCGAAUUUUUGGUGCAAUUGCUCGAGAAUUGCGACAGUUGAAUUUUACUAAAAUCGUUUCAUUAGCACCCGAAGUCUUAUAG